GGGAAAAGGCAAAUUAAUGGUGCAGAUUCCUUCUCUAGAAGUGUGAACUAAGGGUUGAUUUGAUGAAGGUGCUUAAAAUGAUGAAGGAAUUUGAUCAGAUUUCCAGCAUCUGCAGGAUUUUGCUUUUAUCAGAGAGGAAAUGAAAUUUAUUUUCAUGCAGAGGAUUUUUAAGACCUGGAAUUCCACAUUUGAAAGGAAUGCAGAAGCAGAUUCUAUACAAACUUUCAAAAGGCAAUUGGAAAUAACUUGCAAAUCAGUUAUAUUCAAGUUCAUGGUGAUAAAGCUGAGAUGUGGGACUACACUGGGGAGGCCUUUCAAUGAAGCAGUACAGUGGCCCGAAGCCGGCUACGUGUCUGACACAUGGUGUGGGGACCACAGCGAACUGGGGAUGGAAGGUGAUCAGCAGGAAGCCCACGGCAGGACAUCACAGGACGUAGGCGGCUUGGUUCAGGAGGAUGUUAAUGGGAGGCGCGGCCGAGUUCUGUCAGGAACCACUACUCAAGCAACUCUCAAAAGUUCCCACGCCAAACAGGACCGCAUCGGAGGGAAAGCUUCAAAAGUGACUCGGGCAGAACAACAAAUGACUUUAAAAGGAGUCCACAAUAGGGGGGGGGAAAUGAAAGGUCCAACUGCAAAGUUCCCCCAACAGUUGAUAAUUACACACACCACUCAAAUCUUCACCUUCAAGGCACUGGACAGGAUCCAACUCAAUCAGCACAUUCUGGAAGUUGAUGAACCCGGCCACAUCCCAAGUUAA